AUGGCCAUGUCCCUCGGCCGAUCGUUUGAGGAACGGCCAAAGCUCGAGGCGCAAUUCUUCCGCAACUUUCAGUGCUGCGGGCUCGAUCUGCAGGACCUGCACGGCUUGCUCGAACACUUUGAAGAGUGCCACGUCAUGUAUGACGAGGAUGGCAAUGCUGCCGGGAUGGAUGCCACGAUGGACAUGGGCGAGGACGAGCCAGAAGGCACCGUGUCGGGACCCCCGAGCCCGCGGAUGGGUUCGGCCACGGGAUCCAACCGAGGGGCUUUUGAGGUCAAGAAGAGCGCACUGUCAUCGCAGUUCGAAGCUCCCGAUUCGCCUGCUCAGCAUCCGACCCAUCUCGAUGCCGGCAUGGAGCUCGAUAUGGAUAUGGACGAUCCUGAAGAAGAGUCGAGUGCCCAGUCCCCCGCCGGCUCCGCUCAUUCAUCAACAGGCACAGCCUCAACGUCGGUUGCGACCCCGAAUGCGACCUUUGGUGCUGCUCCCAUGUCGGCUUUCGAUGCACCCUUGCCCCUUGCCCCGAGUUCGAGCAAGAACAUGUUUACGUCAGCCUCGGCGAUCAACCCUCUCGUAUCUCCGGGAACGAUGCGGCUCGGUAUGGGCGGCAUCAUGGGCGGGCUCGACGCGAUCACAAAUAAUCGCACGUCGCCCUCGGGGUUCCAGCCCCCCGAAUCGACGGUCCCGGACAGUCCUGUCACCGAUGAGAAUCCGAACACCACCCCCACGGCCGAGACCGUGUUCCCCGCUCCUUCGAGCACAUCGACGUACCCCGCGUCGACGGUCGCGCUGUCACCGUCUCUGCUGUUCCCUGCAGCUGCGCCAGUCGAGACCCCUGCCCCUCCACCCAUGUCCCAGUACGAGAUCACUCAGGCUCAGAUCCGGGAAGCUGCUGCGGCCGCUCAAGCCGCUCAAGCUCAAGCUCAAGCCCAAGCCCAGGCCCAAGCCCAAGCCCAGGCUCAAGCGCAAGUCAAAACGCCCGUGCGUCAAGGCCCCGAGCCCGAAGACGAGCACGACGACGAUGACGAGGGUGAGGAAGAAGAAGAAGAGGAGGAGGAGGACGACGACGAAGAAAACGAUGGCUAUGACCUCAACGCGCAGAUCUUGGCAGAUGGCGACCGCCAGACCGCAUUGACGAAAGCGCUCGGCGUGAGUUCGCUCUCGGCCCUGCCGUCGGCAUUGAACCCGCUCGGAACGGGAAUUCAGAUCUCACCGAGCGGCCGACCGUACACGCCGCCGAGCGAGAAGCCGUUCAAGUGCUCCGUCCCUGGCUGCGAUAAGUCGUACAAACAACAAAAUGGGCUCAAGUACCAUCGGUUGCAUGGUCAUUGCAACGCGAAUGCGACGGGGCCGGAGGGGGAAACCAAGGGCGAAGGCAAGCCUUAUGUGUGCCAUGUUGCAUCGUGUGGCAAGAGAUACAAGAAGUGAGUUCUGAUUUCAGGAACGGCAUCUCAGCCUCGAAGAUGUCAACUGACUGACAUUUAAUCGGGCCUUGCAGUAUGAAUGGCCUGCGGUACCACUACCAGCAUUCGGGGGCUCACGGUGCACUGGGGCUGCAAAUGCUGGCACAAGGGUGUCACCCACCGCCGCAAUUUCCACUGGGGCACAAGAGAGCCGGCCAAUCCAUGUCCUCGAUGACAUCGCCCUUGAUGCCCAUGUCGCCUCUUUCGAGGACCGUUUCGCCUUCUCGAGACUCGAGCUCGAGUAGGUCAGGGUCGCCGAGCGGGAUGGGGCUCAUCACACGCGGUUACGCGUAAAGCUGCCUGCACGCCGCUUGAUUGCCGCUUGAUCGCCGCUUACGAAACAGACACUUGCCGCGAUCAACACCCAUCAUCGCGACAUCGACGCACUUUGCUGAUCAUUGA